AUUUUUAAAAAUACAUAACAAAUAACAAAUCAUCCUUUAUUAUCAUUUCUCAUCAUAAUUUUUAAAAUGGUUCUUAUUUCUACAGACAAUUUACCGGAUUUCUUCAAAGAUGAAAAAAGGAGAAACGUGUUAUAUGCUCCGUUGAGAUCAAAAACUGCAAACCCUAAUGAUUGGAAUUUCAAAAUAACAUCUUGGAAACAGCUUAUUAAUUUAUAUUGUUCUUCAAAUAAAACUUACUAUUUCUCAUUAGAAUCUUUGAAAGUUGCGUUUCAUGAUAAUGGAAGAACGCCAAGCUGCUUAGAAGAAGUAUUGCAGAAUAUGUCUCUGAAUAAAGAGAUCGAACCCUUGGCAGUAUUUAUGGAAAAGAAGCCAAAAACAUGGGCAGCAUGGGCUACUAAAUCACUUAUUUCUACACCAUUGACUUGGUCUCUCAAUAAGAUGAAGAAUAUAAUUUUAUCCCCUGAAUUGAGUAAACUGGAGUAUGCUGCUUUAAAUAUCAUACAUCAAGAAGCUGAUUUACUUCUGAAUGAAUUAUCUUCCAAUCAUAAAAAUGAAAUCUUAACUUUAGAAGAAAUUAUGAAAGAAAAAAAUUUAGAGAUAAACAAGCAAAAGGAUGUUGAAAUUUUGAUUUUAAGCUUGUACAAUAGAAAUAAAGUUGAUAUACUAGAGACCCAAACAGGUUCACUUAGGCCUGAAAAUUUAUUAAUUAAAGUAUGUGAUCCUAAUCAUUUUGAGCCUAUAUCAGAGGUGGAUUUAGGUAUUCGUACCCUAAAAGCCAACGAAAAAGCCCUAGAGAAAAAUAUUGAGUUCCUAACAGAUAGUGCUAAUAAAUGCAGAGAAGAAGCAAAAUCCCACCUAGUCAGAGGUCAGAAGCAAUUGGCCAAAGCAAGUUUAAAGAAGAAACAUGAAAUUGAAAAGCGGAUUGAUAAAAAAACUGAAACACUUUGUAAUAUUAAUAUUUUAUGGAAUAAGUUACAUGAUGCGACUCUUGGUGAGGAAGUUUUAGAUUCUUAUAAAAAUGCUGUGAAGGCAUUUGAGGGAACCUUAAAGAAAGGCAUGAAUACUGAUGCUAUAGAUGAUACAAUGGUGAAAGUAGCAGAGAUGUUGGAAAUCCAAUCGGAUAUGGAAAAUGCUCUAGGAAGACCAGUGAUAGAUGUAGACGAAGACCUUGAGAAGGAAUUAGAGGAUUUGCUCGCAGAAGAUAAAUUUAAUGAUGAAAAUAAGGGGAGUCCUGGCCAGGACAGUGAUGAGAGUUUAAUCAAAGCCAUGGAAAAAAUGGAAUUAAACUUACCAAGUGUGCCUUCUUCGCCUAUUAGCAUUGGUGAUUUGAGUCAAAACAUGAGUUCUCAAGUGAACUGAAUUUCAGUUCAACGUGUUCUUUGUUAAUUUUUUUACUCAAUAUUUUAUACCUGAAUUAUCAGAUAUUUUUACACACUUUUGAUCAAUAUUGUUUGUUGCUAUUCAGUCAUUUGUUAAAUUUUGUUUUAUAUAAGAGAUUCAUUGGGAGAUUAAGGUGAUAUUAAUAAUAAAAAAUCUUUAUUUCACCAGAAAUCUCAAGUAGUCAUAGUGAAUAAUCUUAAUGUUCUGGGUCGCUACUAUAUUGUGAUGCCAUGUUUUUAAUAAAAAAGUAUUUUC